CGGAUCUUGACAUAGUUGUUUCAAACAGAAUCUUCGAUCUGAGUGACUUCUGCCCCGGAUCGGAAAAAGUAGUAUCCCAGCCGAUCGUCAGAAAUUGUAUCCGCACCUCCAUUGUUGACGAUCAUUACCACGCGAACCUCACUGUUCGUAAUAUAACGGACUGCAGCCGCUCCCCGACUUGAUCCUGUAUUUGAUUUACCGAUCAGCACAAGUUGAAUCACAUCUGAAAUUAUCGAAAAGCUGCACCACAUCACCCAUGAAUAAAAGAUGCUUGCAAUGGCUCUACAUAUGGGUUGCAAGUAAAGGUCGAGGUCAUGCCGAGCUGAUGUGAGAAAAAUACGUGAAACGAUGCACAUAUGAAAUUUGAAGCACCGCUCUCAGGACCCCGUAGAUUUAUCACUGGCUAUAUCUCCAGCGAUUCGCUUGCUCUCCUGUCGCGGAUCAACAUCUCUACAACUGUAUUCUUUUGCCAUGUUCUUGCUCGCCGCGCUUGGUGGUUCUACCACCUCCAGCUUCACCUACUACGUGAGUACAGGUGGUCUCUUGUAGAAGUGAAGUGACGGUGUCAAUACCCACUCCGUGUCCCAAGAUGUUCGCAGUUCUUUUCCAGCAACUCGCGGAAGCGGUGCUGCGACAGAAUGAUACCAGAGCUGCGGUGAGCGUCUACUACUCUACUUUUCUCGAAGAUUUUGUUGCCUCGACGAAUUCCUCUUCUAUUCCCGGUUCAACGCAAUCCGUUUCCCUUUCUUACAAGGAGCUCGUUCUUCACGUUGCGGCCGUAGCAAAGCUGUUGGCAAGUUUGAGGAGAAAAAAGGUCGGCGACGUAAACGAGGAGGGCAUCAGAAAGGAGCAAAAAAGGAAAAGCCCGGCGGGGGCAGAUCAUCAUCAUGUUGCGCUGCAAGAAGAGCAGUUGGACACAGGAUCCGAAAACAGACUCGGCAUCGACCGGCUGGGUGUCGAUCGGGAAAAAGACAUUACUAAGCAACUAAUCGUAGCUAUCGCAGUCCCGGAGAAACAAGACGCGAAGCACCUUCUGUUCCUGCCGGUGUUGCUCUUGGCGGUGCUAGUUUCGGGGAACGUCCUGGUGGUGGUGAAUACAGACGAUCCGGAACCGAGAGUGAAAUCGAUUCUCGAGGACUGCAGGCCGGAUAUUUUCCUCACCACCUGCAAAAAGCAGAAAAGACGCUGGGAAUGUACUUCGAAACAAGAUGGCGCAACAAGAACUUCUACUGCAGAGGUCCUUCACAAAAUGCAGUGCUUGCUGUUCGAUGUAGAGUGCGGAGAGAUUGUUUUUUCGGCACGAAACGACGACGUUUCCGUUCGUAGAGACCACGCUGGUACUAGCGAUAUUAUGGACCGGGAAAAUUAUUCUGCUUUGGAUCAACAGUCGUCUCUGCUGGACUUUGGCCAAGAGCAGGAAGACACGUCGCAAGAGUGGUUCGACGAGGGUGAUGUAAACCUGGAAAUCAGCCACAUUUUUUACACGAGCGGGAGCACGGGCACGCCGAAGGGGUGCGUCUGCACGGUCGCAAAUCUGAUGCACUAUUGCAAUGCGAAAAACCUCGCACACAAGAUCGACCGGACCGCCACGGUCUUGGUUGGAUCGCCCUUCGCGUUCGACCCCUGCUUGGGAGACGUGGUCGCCACACUGUUUUUCACCGGCCGGAGUGAGGAGGGGAGCGCCCAACUCGUGUUUCGGGGUGGGGGGGUUUCUUUCUUCGACGUGAUCAAAGCAGCUGGCGUUACUCACUUGCUGACCACACCCACGCUGUUCACGCACGAGGUGUGCAGGCCCGCAUUGGAGCGAGAUGCGGUGGCGGAGCAAAGCGACGAAGAAAACUGUCGGAAUGAUGCAACGACGGACUUUUUUGCUCUAGACACUGGAAGAAGUAGCUCUCCCAAGAGACGUCCUGCGCAGAUUCUACAGGAGACACAAAAGGACUUCGCGUCUCUCCAGCUAGUUGCCCUCGGCGGAGAAAAGAUGCCCGAGACGAUUGUCCGAUUUGUUCUCCAGUACGCCGUCAACUGCAACCUAGCGAACACCUACGGUGUCACGGAGUGUUGCGUCUACCAAACUUUUCACUACGUCGUCGAGCGCGCCGCUGCGCCCGUAGUACUUCCGGGUGGUGAAAUGAAGAUUCACUCGGGUCGUUUUCGUGGAGCAGGGGAAUUGAACAAGUGGCGCGCUGCGCCUGCGGCGAAAAGGCGUCAUAAAGACAAGCUCGGCACGCCGUUGACGCCCGCGAUGGAAUUGUGGUCCGUAUUGAAGAGCCACGAGGUCGAGGCGGAGGAGGAACACGAACAACGGGCCAGGCUUCUGGGGAUGGAAAAUCAAAAUGCAAUGCUCGAGUACGAGCUAGUCCUCUGCGGGUCCGAGCUUGUCGGGCUCGGGUACCUGAAUCGACCGGAGCUCACCGUGCAAAAGUUUUUUUUUGCUCCUGCCCCCGAAAUCUCGCAAGUGAGGCAGUUGAGCACGUCGGAGGAACAAAGCACUGUUAAAAACAGUGAUAGUGGUGCGGAUCUUCCGCCCCAGCGAGACACGACGAGGACGAGGUGUUUCCGAACCGGCGACCUAGUCGCCCCGAUCAUUGCUGACGAAUGUGAUCGUAGCCCAGAAGACAACGAAACGAAAACGCCGCUCGGUUCCGCAACUGAGGAUGCCGGUCGCGGCUCCUGGAUACUUCGAGGACGCAAAGACAACCAACUGAAAAUUUAUCCACAGUAAAUUUCCCGUACACGUACAGAUGCGGUCUCUGCAUGACAAAACUUGGCUUCGAUCCUAGUUUAGCAUGACAAGUCUUACGCUCCAAAUUGGUGAAAUUUGUGAUGCAUGUUGUACAUGUACGGGAAAUUUGUAUUGCAUGAAAUUAAUGGGCUGCGCAUAGAGCCAGAAGAGAUCGAAGCCGUUGUGCUUGCAUAUCAUGUGCAAAAGUAUCGUACUGCUAGUAAUUGCAAUAUGCAUGACAAAUUGCCCAUCUUAGGCAAAUCAGCAUUACAAAUUGCACUUUUCUCUUUCAAAAGUUUGUAAUGCAAUUUAUACUAGUACGAUGCUUUUGCAAUUCAUAUUGCAAACGCAGCUGAGAUUUUGGAGGAAGUCGCGGUGGUACCGGUGAGAUCUUCUCUUACUGCAAAGGAUGGUGCGACGAGUGGGCCUCUCCUGGUGGCUUGCUGCACCGUGAAGGUGCCUGGUUUAAGUGAAUUGCAAUCCGGCCCUCGUAGUUGGGAACAUUACCCUACACAAAGAAAUCGUGCUGCUACACGCGAAAGCGCUCUGCUGAAGAAAAUCCUCCGAGAGCUAGUCUGUGCCGGCACGUUGUCGGCCGCCCACACUCCGCACAGAUUUUUCUUUACGAACGAAAAACUUCCCCGGACCGGCACGGGAAAGAUUCACCGGGCGGCGCUCUCAUCAUACGGAACGAGAUUUCUACGUCACGAAGAGACAGAAACAUGGCGUCUGCAGAAUGGGCACCAGCACCAGGAUGGGCCACCUUCUGGUCACGAUCUCGAUCAACAAGAUGAUGAAACCGAUGACAUCAUGAGUGAUUGUUCCUUCUCGUCAUCUGCUGACGAACAAGAAGGCCAAGAAGCCGAAAAUCGAAAAGCCGAGAAGUCGAUUUCUGCACCAUCUUCGAGACAGGAGGACCUUCAUUCGAUAAUUUGGAAAAUUUGGUGUGAGGAGCUGUCCGCAGCAAGAGCAGUAGACCACCGGAGUAAUCGAUAUGCCUCGCUCCGAAAAAGCCGCGCGGACUUCCGCGAACUUGGCGGCGAUUCGCUCUCUGCUGUCCGGGUUUGCGCAAAGCUGGCUGCAGCACUCCGUACGGUGUGCCUGGUUGGAGUGGACGAGAAAAAUGCUCCAGACACACCUUUUUCAAAUGAGGACGCUUCUACGACAAAAAUGAGCGGUAAAGACAGCGAUCCCUUCGGAGAAAACCUGGCCCAGACGUGCUUUGCGCCCGCAGAACUCUUGCGACGAACGCAACUCGGUAAAUACGCACGGUAUCUGUCAUCGUUUGCUAGCCGAAGAAGUCGAAGUGCAACUGCAAGGAGCCCUGAGCAGGGACAAACAACAGUCGCCACGGAGUCGCCAACAGAGCAGAUGCAGAGACGGCAUGAUAGGAAUUUGCAUUUCGGCAGGGAGAUCCGCCCGUGGCUCUUUGCCGCGGUAAAGGCUGGAAGCGUGCCAGCGUUGCAGCAGCUAGCGUGGAUGGCUUCUACAUCUUCGCCUGCGGGACGUGAAGCUGCAGCCUCCAACGACAUCGACGCUGCAGGAACCGUCAAUCCAUUUACCGUCAUCGAGCCUUUUCUUUCCGAAGUGCUCGGAGUAGCUUUGCUCCACAGAGAUUUCACAGAGUCCCUGACGCAGGCUCAAGAAGUUGAUACGAGUAGCUGUAGCUUAAGUGUGGAAGCACGUGAAGGUCAGCGUCGAAGCCCGGUUGCGCCAAUCGUCUCAGUCGUGCGUUGGUUGCUGAGGGAAUUUACCAUCAACAAGGGAAAAACUCAGACCGACAAGGAAUGCAACGGCAAGAGCAACAAGAACAAGCAAAAGACAAGGAUUAGCAACUCAUCUUGCCCCGCGCCGGAACCUGUCCUCGCGACUGCCGAUGCGAAGCGGCUGCUCGUGAGAUGCCUACAAACAUACCCUGCCGAUGUCUGCCGAGUGAAAUUUCUGUUUGAAGAGAUCUUGACAGCCGGUGCGGCGACGACGAUGUGUCCAGGCGGUGCCGACUUCGCGUUUGCAGGGCCAGCGCGAACAAAAGCUCAGAAAGCGACCAAACGGAAAGAUGCCGGCGUGGCUGCUCCAGCGCACGUGCAGUGUACAGCAACCAAAAACCAAGCCGGCCGGGACAACAUCCUCUUUUCGAUAACCGACAGAAUCGAGAUCCUCCGCGAAGACCGGCAGACGCUGUUGCACAUUGCAGCGCGCGCAGGCUGCAGCGCAAAGGUUCUGGAGUAUUUGUUUCAGGAGCGAACGGACCAGACAGCCCUGGCGCUCGACGUAUACGGGCGCACUCCCCUACAUUGGGCGGUCACAAACGGCCACCGAUCGGUUGUGGAGUGGCUCUUGACGAGCUUCCCGCCACAUGUCGUGCCCAAGAUGAAGGACUUGAAAGAUGAGAAGGACGAGACCGCUGUGCAAAUCGCAGAACGACGGGCCUUGUGCGCGAAUCGGGUAGCCGCGGCCACUAGUGCAGCCGGUAACGAGCAGAAACACGAGGGAACGACAAAAGACGAGAGAGACGCACCGGCCAGCCUGUUUGGCGGUUUGGCCAAACUACUUGGUGGCAGCGGUAGUACGAAGAACUUGACGCAGCAGAACAAGCAAGAAAAGGGGAAUGCGAACAAGAGAAGUAAGUGA